CUGCGAACCAUGCGAAAGGCUUGAGCGCCUGUGCUCUUCGCAGACCUUCAUGAGGAUGGAGGCCUGUUUCUGCUCCUAGAGAGUGAUCAUUUCCCUCCAUUUCUCGAUCUUGAAGUCUUGGGAAGGGAGAAAACAGCGAAUACCAGCUCGUCGCCGUGAUUACGCUCGUUCCCCACUAUACUAGCGACUGAUCGAUGACAUGCAUGAGAUGACCCCAACGACGAGCUCGCCGUCAACGAUGGUCUUCACCUCGUCCAGGUGCAAACGAGCAUCAUCGGAGCAAUCAGACUGCCCCAGUCCGGCAGGAUCUUCCCCAUCUACGCCUCUCUCCGCCACCGCCAGUCUCCCCGAAACGGAACGGCUGCGAGAGGAGGGAGACCUGGGCAAUCAUAGUCCGCGGGCCGCCGUCGCUAGUCGCCUGGGGGAUCUGGCCAUCCGCGGGGAUCGUCUGUUUUCAACAACACCGCACAUCCCCCACAAUCCUCUCGCCCAGGAACACCUCGCGGCCGCGGUACGGUCGGCGCAAGCAGGCAUAUUCUGGCCUGGCUCCCGUGAUAUGCCCGAACCGGGUGUUCCCAUCGACAAUGGCACCAGUCCCGGUGGGCCGACGACCGAAGAUCAAUCACAGUCGCAAGCGCAGCCACAAAUACGGGAAUCAUUGCUGCUGCCACCACCACCACCACCCCCUCCUCCUCCUUCGCCCCCGCGACAGAACAGCCCCUCAGUAACAUCAUCCCCGAAGAAAAAGCCCACCUCCAGUCCCCGCAAGAAACGCAACCCUCCAAGCACCUCACAGCGCAAUCGGAGAUCGCCCCCACCGCCCGCCAGCAGCGCAGCGGAAGAUCCACUGACAUGGCACGACUCAGAAAUCACAGGCCAUGACCCGACGGACCCCACCGACGACGGGUACGGGAUCAACGGGAUCGGAUUCAGGCCCACGGCAGCGACGGCAUGGAUGCGGUCGCAGAAGCGACAAAAGCAGAUGACGGAAUGGAAGAACCGCGAGGCACGAGAAGCGCGCGAGAGGCGAAAGGACAGACGGAACGCCGGUGGGCUGGACUUGCACUCGAUCCGAAAUGGCUCUAUCCAGAAGAAAGUCAAAUUUGACGUGUGACACAUAUUUCUUCUCUCGCUUUGGUUAUGGGUGUAUUUUGGACAUGGAGUUUUACAGGGUAGGCACUUGGAUUGGGACGGCGUUGGAUUGUUAACAGGGUUGAUUGGGGGUAGGACAAUACAUGCGAUGAUCAUGACGCUUUUUCACGACCUUGAUCUCACUCGAAACAACAGGCCUGGAUUCAAGAGGCUAGGAAUCAAUGCUCAUUCAUAUACUUGACACCCACCAUGCAACCCUACUCGUACACAUACACAUAUUAUAUACAACAUCAAAAAG